AUGAACUGGAGGGAAGGGAUCAGCAUCAAUGAUGAACAGCUCAGUCGCCCAAGGUUUGUCGAUGAGGUGGUGUUGUUGCACAAAACACGAGUCAUCUGCGUGCAGUGCCGCAACGGCUCGAGAGAAACGGUGCAGAAGUCGGAUCCGACUGCGAAUCAAUCGGACAAAGUCGAUGACACACUCAUCGGAUGCCCUGCAGGAACACCCAGUUGA